GCCUCAACACAGGACAGCAGCCGGGACCGGAGACACCGAGGAGGAGGCCCUCUCCGGUCAAAAUGCCCAUCCUCAAGAGUCUAGGGAUGGCAGACUCUAAGGUGCCCCGGGCAGGGACACUGCCUCUGAGGUCCUCUCGGAACCCCUUUGAGGAAGUCUCAGGACUGGAAGAAGAGGAGGCUGCGGAGCUGGGGGCUCUGCCCAAUGGAACGUCAUGUCGUCGUCGAGCCACCCUGGAGAAGCUGGCAGGCCUGUCCCCCUUCCGGCUGGGUAAAACCCCUGGCCGGCAGGCGGGCAGCCCCAGGGAUGGGCAGCCUCGCUCUUUCCUGGGCCGGGUGCUGUUGCCAGGGAUUCGCAGGAGCUCAGCAGACUUCGGCCUCCUGGCCAGGCUUCAGGGGAGCCGAGCCCAGGGCGAUGAGGAGGCGGCUGGAGAGGCUGCACGGAGACUGGCCUUCCUGAGACUGGGGCGUGGGCCCAAGCCCCUGCGGGCAUCACUGGCUGAGAGGGUGGUGCCCGCAGGUGAGGCAGCUCCCGAGCCCCCGCCCAAGGUCCCAGAGCCCCCAAAGGUGAAAGAGCCCUUGUCAGUGUUGGAGAUCCUGAGCUUGAUCCAGCAGCGUGAGCUGGCGCGGGCCGACGAGCACAUCUUGGAGCUAGAGGCCGAAGAGCUGGCAUCGUCGGGGGGCGGCGCGCCCGGGCCGCCCAAGGCCGAGGGCGCGGGCGGCGGCCGCCGGGCACGGGACGUGGCUCUGCUGUACGAGGCCCUGCAGCGCGAGAUGUGGGCGCUGGUGCGCGAGACGCUGGCGGGCCCCGGGCUGGGCGCGGGCUCCGGGGCGGGCGCCGUGGCGCAGCUGGGCCAGGUGUUGGUGCAGGAGGAGGCGGCCGACGGGCGCCGGGGACCCGAGGCUGCCCGCAAGCUGCGCGCCCGCUGGGCCGAGGCGGUGGCGCGCGCGGCCCGGGAGCGCUUAGAGGCGGCGGCGCCCGGGGCGCCCGGGGGCCUGGCCGGGCAGCUGGAGGCGCUGCGGGGACGGCUGCUGGAGGACAUGGGCGUCGUGCGGGGCCGCCUGGCGCCCUCCUACCCAGCCGGCCUGGGCGCCUUCGGAAUCUACCUGCGCGGCUACCACGGCGCGCUGGCCGAGUGGAUCGGGGCCGCCGCCCGCCGGAGGCUGCCGCUGGCGGACCGCUACGCGCUGCUGCACUGGCACAACCAGGUGUACCCCAGAGAGGUCCUGGGUCUGGUGGACAUGGUUGCUCUGGAGAACGGGGAGCUGGGGCCCCUUCUGUCGCCCGGCACCCUUCGUGGCUUAGAGGAUGAAUGUGUCACAGACGUGAAGGCUCAGACGCGGGCAGCCCUGCUUCGAGUGCUGCAGGAGGAUGGGGAGCACUGGGGGAGCACGGAGGACUGGUCCAGCAACCUGGCCCAGGAUGUGUGUGAGCUGCUGGAAGAGCACACAGAGCGAGCGCCCCGCAUCAGCCAGGAGUUCGGGGAGCGGAUGGCCCACUGCUGCCUAGGAGGGCUGGCGGAGUUCCUGCAGAGCUUCCAGCAGCGCGUGGAGCGAUUCCAUGAGAACCCAGGAGUCCGCGAGCUGCCACCCGACACCUACAUCAGCAGGACCAUCUCCCUGGUCAACUGUGGCCCCCCUCUGAGGGCUCUGGCGGAGCGCCUGGCCCGAGUGGGCCCCCCCGAGAGUGAGCCAGCCCGGGAAGCGGCCUCCAGCGCUCUGGACCGCGUGAUCCGACUCUGCCACCGCAUCCUGACCGACCUGCUGUUCCAGGAGCUGCAGCCGCACUUUAGCAAGCUGAUGCGCAGGAAGUGGCUGAACAGCUCGGAGGCCCUGGAUGGCAUCGUGGGCACGCUGGGCGCUAAGGCCCUGGCGCUGCGCAGAAUGCAGGAUGAGCCUUACCAGGCGCUGGUGGCCGAGCUGCACCGGCGGGCGCUCGUCGAGUACGUGCGGCCCCUGUUCCGCGGGCGCCUGCGCUGUGGCUCCGCGAGGACCCGCAGCCGCGUGGCCGGAAGGCUCCGGGAGGACGCCGCGCAGCUGGAGAGGCUGUUCCGACGGCUGGAGUCCCAGGCCUCGUGGCUGGACGCCGUGGUGCCCCGUUUGGCCGAAGUUCUCCGCCUGGAAGACACGCCGAGCAUCCAGAUGGAGGUGGGGGUGCUGGUGCGGGACUACCCGGACAUCAGGCAGAAGCACGUGGCAACGCUCCUUGACAUCCGUGGUCUGCGCCACACGGCCGCCCGCCAGGAGAUCCUGGCGGUGACCCGGGACCUGGAACUCUGCGAGGUGGCAGCCCUGUCCCCACCUCGGGACCGUGCCUUCUUCGCAGACAUCCCUGUGCCCCGGCCGCCUGUCUGCCUAAGCCUCCCUCUCUUCCUGGGCCGCCUCACCCUCUCCCGGCUGGCCUGCCUGCCGUGGCCUCGGCCUCCGGCUCCGUCUCCAUUACGGCGGCCCCAGGCCCGACGCUGAGACUCUCCCAGCCCCACCUCAGUGCCCCCCAUCUUUGCUGCUGACAGACCAUCCCCCCCCACCCCGACUCAACUCCCAGCCUGGCACCACAGACGCCUGGGCUGGCAAGAUCCUUAGCAGUCUUCUCUCCUACCCCCAAACUCCCUGUUCCGAGGAGAAAGCGGCUAGAAGGAGCAAGGACUUUCCCAAGGCCAUGAAGCCCGUUCCCAGCACCAGCUCCCCAGCCCAGCAUGGGGUGGGUGGCGUUUUGGAAGGCUGUACACAAAUAUCCCAGGCCCCCCCCUUUCCCCUCACCUCAAGGUCUGGCCUCAAUCCAAUGUA